AUGAGCUCCAGGUCACCAUCGUCAGCGCUUGCGGUGCUGCUCGUGGCGGCGGCGCUGGCGGGGGCGGCGUCCGCGGCGACGCUGCAGUGCGUGCAGGUGGCGCAGCUGAUGGCGCCGUGCAUGCCGUACCUGACGGGCGCGCCCGGGAUGACGCCCUACGGCAUCUGCUGCAACAGCCUGGGCGUGCUCAACCAGCUCGCCACUACGCGCGCCGACCGCGUCGCCGCCUGCAGCUGCGUCAAGGCCGCCGCCGCCGGGUUCCCGGCCGUCGACUUCGCGCGUGCUGCGGGGCUCCCCGCCGCCUGCGGCCUCUCCAUCAGCUUCACCAUCUCCCCCAACAUGGACUGCAACCAGUACGUACUCUAG